AUGGUCAAGGAGAAGCGGCAGAGCAAGAAGCAGGUGCCAGUGCCCACAGUCAGAGUCGUGAAGGCCGCAGACAUGCCGACCCAAGUGAUUGGUGACGAAGACCCUCUACCCGUGCAGAGGGCGCCGAUGGGUGGGGCACCGCCACAGGAGAUCGAAGAUAGCAACAGCACCAGCGAGAGUGAGGACAGUAGCAGUAGCUCCUCAACCAGCUUGCCAGACUUCCAGCAAAUGGCGAUGGCACAGCGCCACGUGGGCUCUCUGGAGGGUGAAGCGGAGCCACAAGUCCUGAAAGCGGCUUCCUCACCAGCCUCCCCGGGGGAGGCGAACAGCGAACAGCGAACAGACGCCGUUCAAAGACCGGGACGGCAUUCCACGAUGAUUUCGGACUCGGAAUGGUCUGCAUCACUGGCCCAGCACUUGGCUGGAAAGGAGUUUGGUAUUGCCCUUGCAGGUGGCGGGGCUCGAGGCUUGGCCUUGGGUCACGGCAUCCUUCGUGAGAUGAGAGAAGCAGGUCUUUUAGAGAAGGCCAAGUAUUUGAGCGUCACCAGCGGCUCUGUGUGGCUGGGUAUUCCAUUUUACUACCAGACUUUGGACAGCCUGGAGACGUAUUUGGGCCGUACCUUGCCUUUCGACCAGAUGCUCCCGAAGACCCUGCUGCAAGAGACAGGCACUGGCAUCUCGCGGCUCUCCGAGCUCAGGGAAUACCCGAAGGGACAUGAACCUAAGCGACCCCGGCUGCGGCGCUUGAAUGCCAGUGACAACCUCACAGCGGCCAGCAUGUUGGACUGCCCGACAGAUGAAGGCUGGUGUGCAUGCAUGGUGAGCCGCUUCCCAGGAUCUGCCUACCAGCUUUGGCCUCUCUUCAGCGCCUCCAUUUUCCUGCACCCCUUCGAACUGGCCGGCUAUGACUCGGUGCAUUGCCAUGAGUCCCAGCUGGAGCGGAUGAAGAAGCAGUUCCCCUCCAAGACCAUCUACACCGCCAAAGACGUCUCGCGGAAGUUGCCCUUCCUCCUCUCGCAGUCCGCGAUUCUAGCGCCAUACACAGGGCUCGAGACCAAGGACUCGCUGCGGACCUUCCCCUUGGAGCAAACACCUCUCUACACGGGCACGGUGCCGGCGUAUAGCAAGAACCAGAGCAAGAUUGGGCAUGGCUUGGGGGAUUUGCUGCUGGAACCCUUCGCCUGGGAUUCGAAGAUGCUGAACCCCUGGAAUGAAAGCAACCCGGAGCUCUCGGUGCAGUUGAACCGCGGCUGGGUGAACUUCGGGGAUUUGGCCACGUGGCAGGGCGUGGCCACGGCCUAUGUGGCGGACUUUCAGAUCCGGACCUGGGCCGACAGGAUUCCGCACUGUUUGAUCGCGGAGGGAGAGAAGCUCCUGCCGCAUGCUGAGAUUUGGUCUCCCCUGGACCUGGACGCCAACGCGGUACCUGUGAGCUACGAGCAAGCUGUGGGUGAUGCCGGCAUCUAUGAUGAUGUGGGCCACAUCCCCUUGUUGAGGAGGAAAGUCAUGAAGAUGGCGAUCUUCACCAGUGAGGCCAUCCACAUGGACUUGUGCCAGAUGACGUAUGUCCUGGCCGCCUUUGGGCAACCAGGAUGUUUGGAUCCGCCCAACCCCCCUGGCGCCUCCAAUCCCAAGAUGGAGGCUGGUACCCUCACAGUCUUUGAGCCUUCAGAGUUUCCCACCUUUUGGUCUCAAGUGCAGAGCGCGCUCCAGCGCAACGAGUCUGCCGUGAUCCGUGGACGUUACACGGUCGUGGAUAACGAGUACUUGGCGAUCAAAGGUGGAUGGAAAGUGGACAUCGUGUGGGUCAUCAUUUUCCCCUCGAAAACCUUUCGUCAGAGCUUGCCAAAGGAGACCCAGACCAUGCUGCCCUCCUACUUCCCCAAUGACUUUGCGGCUGAGAUGACCAGUCGUUUGGAAAUGACCGUGGCGAGCCAGUACGGCUCCUGGCUGCAGAGGUCUGUGACCAAGGAGAUCGAAGAGAUGCUGCGUUCAUCGGACCCCACGGAGAAGCUGGGAAUUGGCUGCGUGGUGAACCUUUGUGCUGACAAGAUCCAGUGGGUUUAUUCGAGACGGCCCGGGGCGGGAUUCCCCUUUUGCGCAAAAAAGACAGAGAAAAAGACGUGGGUCGUCCUGGAUGGCCUAGAGGGCCGCAGUGGCCGAGGGUGGCAUGCGCGUGAUGCACAGAUCGACGUGCCGGUGCCGAUGCCGAAUCCCAAGCCUUCCACUGAUCCCCAGCCAGAGGCGGCGGGCGCGUCUGAGGAGGCGGAGCCCAAGAGCUUCCCCAAACGAGCGCCCAAGCCUGGCUCCAUCACCUUCAACAUGCAGGGCGCUCAGAAGGCGCUCGCGGCCGCUCGCACCCGAGUCCAGGUGCAAAGCGCCGUGGAGGCAGCGAAAGCCAAGCGCCUCAAUGUGAAGGACGCCGCGACCCAGACGGUGCGCGACCCGGAGCGACAGGAUGGGGACAUUGUCACCAUUUGGCGCUUGCGUCCACGAGGCAUGGAGUCCUUCCCGCACUUUGCAAAGCCCAAGGCGCGAAGGACGCGCUUUGCCGAAAUCUUGGCCAAGGAGGGCGGAGCGAUUGACCCGCACGACCCCAGCGAGAGGAAGCGCGCGCGGGUUGCAGCAGCGGAUGCGGAUGCGACCAAGGAAGUCACCAUCGACCUGGAGGGGCGUGAACACGGAGGUGAUGAUGCCGAGCUCAGUGGAGGUGAGGCGGCCGUGGCCGACCCCUACCAGACGACCUUCGAGGAGGUCGACGCUGUGGACGCUGCUUGA